AUGGGCACAGAGGCUCCCCAAUAUCGGCACAAAUUCCAGAGAUACAGCCAAGGCUACUUUAGACGUUGCUGGCAAAUCAGCAGAAAUGUGGAGAACUCCAGAGGCCAGGGAGUUCCCUGGGCCACCUUAAGGAUGUAUGUACAGAGUGUUCAACAAAACGAGCCAUCUUUCUGUGCCACCAUAUUGGUACUCAUGAAGGUUUUGGCAGAUGCUCUAAAGAGUAUUAACAACGCUGCAAAGAGAAGCAAAGGCCAACUUAUUAGGCCAUUCUCCAAAAUUGUCAUCCGGUUUAUGACUGUGAUGAUUAAGCACGGUUACAUUGGUUUAUUUGAAAUCACUGCUGAUCACAGAGCUGGGAAAAUGGUUGUGAACCUCAUGAGCCGAUUAAACAAGUGUGGCACGAUCAGCCCCAGAUUUCGUGUACAACUCAAAGAUCUAGAAAAAUGGCAGAAUAAUCUGCUCCCAUCCAGCCAAUUUGGUUUCAUGGGACUGACAACCUCAGCUGGCAUCAUGGACCAUGAAGGAGUAAGAUCAAUGCACAGAGGGGGAAAAAUCCUGAGAUUCUUUUCCUAGGGAUGGAAUAUAUACAUGCGAAUAAAAUGCUUCCAUUGGAAAAAAAAAAAAAGAGCCAGUGCUAGAAAAAUGUAGCAAUUUCACAAAACAUCUAGACUUACUAACACUCUGUUGCUGUAGGGUCAUAACUAGCUGAAGGUCAGCAGUGGAGUUAGACCACUUACACAGGGGAC